AUGCUCUUUGCCGCCGCCGUUGUUUUGCUUGGGACGACUGCUCUUGCCAUCCCGGCUCGCCAUACGGCCACCGUACCAACACCUCCAGACCCGGAGCCAAUCGUAGUCACAGAGCUACCCCUGCCACCAGUUGCGCCAAAUUACGAUGAAGGAUCCUGCACUGCCCAGAUCAACUCACGAGGGACCGGUUGUAUCUCCAAAUCUCUUGCUGUGGAUUCGAAAAUGCAAUCUGGAGGCUUUCUUCCAGAUGGAAAGCAUGUUGCCGCCUUUGUGUCCUUUGCGGGCGCGCCUGCCGGCCCAGACCCAGCGAGCAUUUACACUGGCAAGCAGGUGAUUAUCGUCAAGGCCGACAACACCACCUUUUCCAAUGGCGACGCCUGGAAAUGCAUAACUUGUGGGGCUCCGGAGGACAACGCAGUUGGCCUCUCGGAGACGUGGGACUAUCCUCAGGCUUUCACUGACGGCAAACGUCUACUGGCCGGCGCAAAUAUCAUUGACUGCGGAGCCGAAUUGGCCAGUGAUGACUGCACGCCGGAGAAAACCCACAUCUAUCCCAUCCGUUGGAACACUAACCCGGACGGUUCUGGCAAAGGUGGAAGCAUCCGCGAGCUGCGCUUGCACCCGGACAACGUUCACAUCGUCUUCUCUUCGGAGGUAGAGGAAAACGGGAUGUACAGUGAAUACGGCUACUUUGCCAAAUUGGAACUCAACGAAUCACCAAAGUCCGGCAUCCCUCUUGCUCCACGGUAUGAUCUGGCUAGUGUGACAGUACUGUACGACCCGAAAGCAAAGCAACCAGUUAGCGUCGAUGGCGACCAACUUUUUGUCAACCCUGAUGCCGUUAUGGUUGGCGAGCUGCGCGGCUUCACUGGAACAGGAAACGAAAUCACCUACGUCGGCUACCCAGCCGAGUCUUCGAACAUCGACAUUUUUGCAGCAGAUUUGACAACAGGCAAGGUGCGUCGGCUGACCAGCCACCCGGAAUACGCCGACCCCAUUGAUGUCUCGCCAGUCGACGACUGGAUGGUCGUGAUGGAUACCCGCGGCAGCAACCGCCAGAUGUUCAUGGCUGGCAUGCGUGGCAUUCCCCCAAUCACUGACCUGAUCACCACAUCCGCAACCUCCUCCACACGCAAUAACGGCCAGCGUCGCUUCUUCCAGCCUUACCUCCUCGACCGCUACGGUGACCGCGGCGAGUACUUCGGCCAACGCAUCAACGCGGGCGGUGACGACAAGCCCGGAGGCAUCAGCGACCGUGAAUGGAAUGGCAUGGCUGAUCCGCGAUGGUCGCCCGAUGGGACUCAUAUCGUCUACUGGCAAGCAUUGACCGUUUCGCCUGCUUGUGGCGGAGAUAACCCGCUCCCUUGUGAAGACUCUACAGAGCCCGGCGGCAGGACUGCGCGUCUGAUGAUGGCCCACCUUACGAGCCGCAAGCCACAGCCAAACAAAACGUUCAUGCCAAUAUCUGACACUGUCCCUUGGGGUACACCGUACGAGCCCGGCGUUACGCUCCCUCCGCGACCAAGCCCUAGCCCAGGCAACUACACUUUGAAGGGAAAGUCGCACGGGUCUGCCCAGAUUGUCCUCACUGGGAACAGCGACAAGGACACCCUUAGCUCCGUUUCAGUCACUUACAACAACUUUUCGGACGAUGGCAUCAACGUCUUGCAAGGUUGGGAGAAUGUCACUGUUAAAAUCCCGAAGCCGACCCUAAACCAUCUUGAUUGGUACAGUGAUCUCGUGCGGACUGGCGAGACGAACAGCAUCAAAAAGACUAGCCCUGAUGGAUUCCAUUUGGAUAUUGAUGUUCUGACGAAUAUGUUUGAUGCGAAUGGGACGCUCAGUACUACUAUCGAUGGUCAUACUUAUGAGCAACCAGCUAAUGGGGCAUGA